AUGACGCCUCAUCCCUUGGAUAUUCUCUCAGCAGAGGAGACUAACAGUGCUCGUGACCUCAUCCUUGGUCUCCAUCCCGACGCUGUGCUGAGCUUUCGUGAGAUAUACCUGGAUGAACCGCCUAAAGAGCAGCUUAUUCAAUAUUUGUUGGCGGAGCACUCUGGGAAGGAUGCCGCCCCGCUACCUCGACGUGCCCUAGUGCAGUACGAUGUCAUCGGGGCCGAUAGGGUCCCUCAGUUCCACGAAGCUGUUGUCGACCUGGAUGCACAGAAAAGAGUUUCUCAUGUUGUAGUCGACAAGUCUCAGCAUGCAAGUUUGACACUAUCGGAGUUUGACGUUCUCGUCGAGGUGUGCAAGGCCUCUCAGAUGUUCAAAGACGUCUGUGCCGAAUUUUCACUGCCCGAGGGAUUCGAGGUCAUCGUCGAACCGUGGCCGUAUGGUGGCUUGUCUCCCGACGAAGAGAACCGUCGCUACUUCCAAGGCCUGUGCUUUGCUCGAGACACGAGAUCUGGCAAUCCUGACUCGAAUUUCUACGCCUACCCCUUGCCUUUCAUCCCUGUGAUGGACGCCCACAAAAGAGAAAUCAUCCGAAUCGACCGACUCGCAACCGGUGGCAGAGAGGAUGCUCUGGAUGCCAAGACACACACCAAGAAUGUCAUUGACCAUUGCAAGACCUCGGAAUAUGUACCCGAGCUCUUGAAGAAUGGGACACGGAAAAACCUUAAGCCUCUGAACGUGCUCCAACCGGAAGGUCCUUCGUUCUCCGUAGAUGGCGGGCUGAUCGAAUGGCAAAAUUGGAGAUUCCGUGUCAGUUUCAACCCGAGAGAAGGCGCAGUGGUCCACGACGUCCAUUUCGGCGGCAGAAGCGUCAUCCACAGGCUGAGCAUUAGCGAGAUGACCGUUCCUUAUGCAGAUCCCCGAGGACCUUUUCCUCGGAAGCAGGCAUUCGACUUCGGUGAUGGCGGAGCAGGAAAUUGUGCCAACAACCUCUCCCUGGGUUGUGACUGUCUUGGAGUCAUCAAAUACUUCGAUGGUGUCGUUACCGGUCCAGAUGGUACCGCCAAAAUCGCGCCCAACGUCAUAUGCCUCCACGAACAAGAUAACGGUAUUGGCUGGAAGCACACGAAUUGGCGGACAGGACGUGCUGUCGUCACGCGGUAUCGUGAGCUGGUUGUCCAGUUCAUCAUUACUCUCGCCAACUACGAAUACAUCUUCGCGUACAAGUUUGACCAGGCAGGUGGGAUCACCGUCGAAACUCGGGCAACGGGUAUUGUUUCCGUCGUGAACAUCGACCCAGGAAAGACCAGCCCAUACGGAAAUGUUGUCUCACCUGGGGCGCUGGCACAGAACCAUCAGCACGUUUUCUGCGUACGUAUCGACCCGGCCAUCGACGGAUAUAGGAACACAGUUGUCGCAGAAGAGUCACACCGCGUGCCGAUCAACAAAAAGACAAAUCCACAGGGAAAUUUUUAUGAGGUCCGACAGACUGUCAUCGAUCGAAGUCAAAGUCUGGACGCGGCUCCGCAGUACAAUCGGAUUAUCAAGAUGGUCAAUCGGAGCAAGACAAAUCCCAUCAGUGGGAAACCGGUUGGGUACAAAUUCACACCGGCGGCAACGCAAUUGCUCCUUGCAGAUCCCGAUUCGGUACAAUCUAAACGGGCACUGUUCGCACAACAUCAUGUUUGGGUUACCAAACAUCUCGAUGGCGAGCUGUAUGCCGGUGGCAGAUAUACUUUGCAGAGCCAAAACGAAAUCGGCGGUGUUGCUGACGCUGUGAAGCGCGACGAGGUGGUUGAGGACGAAGACGUCGUGGUGUGGAAUGUGUUUGGAUUGACCCACAAUCCCCGAGUGGAGGAUUGGCCUGUCAUGCCGGUUGAAAUUCACCAACUGCACAUCAAGCCCACGGAUUUCUUCACGGAGAAUCCGGCGAUCGACGUUCCCUCGACCAAGAACGAAGCCUCCGUAUUGACAAACGGAAGUGUUCAUCUUCAAAACGGUUGCUGUAACUGA